AUGAUCGUGUGGGUGCAACUCCCAGCUUUGAAAAUACAUUUCUACCAUAAAGAGGUGCUGAACAUGUUGGGGAAUCUAAUUGGCAGGACUAUCAAGCUGGACUACCACACGUUGUCUCAGGAUAGAGCAAAGUUUGCUCGUCUAGCGGUGGAAGUCGAUUUGUCGAAGCAUUUGGUGCCGCGGAUUUGGCUCGAUGACGAAUGGCAAAAGGUGGAAUACGAGAACUUACCGGAGGUUUGUUUCGAUUGUGGGAAGAUCGGACACUCAUCACCAACCUGCCCUCAGAACUCGGCGAUCGCUCUCUCGGGACAACCGUCGCAAGCCGUCACGUCGCCGGAAUUGACAGGUACCGCCGAGGAGCCCAACCCGGGCUUCGGACCGUGGAUGCUGGUGACGAGGAGAUCACGGCGCAACCCAAGGGAGGUGCAGCAGAAGGGGAAAGUAGAGAGCAAACCGGGAAACCAAAUCCCUUCUAUCGUCUCUAAAGAUGGAAAGGGCGGACCAUCGAUUAAGGAAGGAAGGAACCACUUACCUUCUCCUCCCCCUACCAACGGUCACGGUCCACAGAAGAACCCUCCUCAGGAAAAGAACGGUAAAAAUGGUAUGAAAAGCAGCGAUGAGGCAAGGAAAGGGAAAAAUAAAGCGGGAAAUGAGGUGAAUAGUAAGGGGAAAGGCCUACUUGGGGCAGGGCCUAGCCCAGCUACGAAUGGAGUAAGUGGGCCGAAGCCUGCUUCCAGUGGAGGGCCCUCUUCGUCAGGCCACAGCCUGGGCUCCUCCCAGGACCUGCAGAGGGCGGAUUUGGGCAGUCAGAAGGAAGCAUCCGGUCUUGAACCAAGUGGAAAGCCCAGCUCUUCUCUGACCCAAACACCGACAGUUCGAACCGUGACAGGGAAGAACGGCACGGUGAUGCAGAUUGUGGAGAACAUUCAACCGGCAGGAGGAAAUGGCGCCGCGAGCUGCUCGUCUCCCUCAGUGGCGGCUAGGACUAAGCGGAGCAAGAUUAAAAAGACUCAAAACAAAAAGUCACCCAACAAGUUUAACCAAUUGAAGCCCCUGCAGAUUUGGUCCCCUGUGAAGAAGACCAAAACAAAGGCUCGCAUUGCUUCGCUGACCCUCCAGGAAAUUAAUGCCUGGACCGAGGCUGCUAAGCGUCCGGCGGGGACAACUGGAGAGACGGAACAAACUGAUGAGGCGGCGAACCCGCAGGCGAUGGCUAGGCUUAUCGACGAAUCGUCACCAACGUCCUGA